AUGGCUAAAGAUAGCUCAACUACAUAAUCAUAUUUAAUUACUCUCUUAGAUGGUACUGGGUCUAUGCAUAGGGAAUAUUUAGCUAUAGUAGAUGCUCAUAAUUAUGUGUUUGACUCUUUAGGGUAACAAUAAAAGAAAUGUUAAUGGGAAGAAUCAUUAUACGAUUUCCUUCCAUUCAAAAGUGCUGGGAUUGGAAAUAUCACUACAACAUUUAGAAUUAUUUUUGAAUAACUCUUAAAUACCUAAAAUCCAAAAAAUAUUACUAUUUUAUUUAUUAGUGAUGGUUAAGAACCCUUUGAUCUCAAUUAAUUGUAAGGUUUAAUUGAAAAAAUGAAAUAAAAUUACUUAAUCUAAUUUAUUAGUUUAGCAGUUGGAUAAUCUUUUCCUAACACAAUCUCCAAUAUUUUAAGAAAUUGCAUACACAAUUAAAAUUCAAGUUGCCCUGCUCUUUUCGAAUAUAGAAGACGAGAUGCACCUUAUGGGGAAAUUAAAGAGGAAUUUAUUAACAUUUUUCAAAAAAUUAAAUAACUUUUAUGCGUGAAAGCUAAUCAUUUUCAACUAAAUCAACCUGUUUAUUAAACUAUAGCAUCAAAAAAAACUACAAUGACUGUUGCACCUGGAGAACCUUUCAUUCAGGUAAAUGAUGGUUCUAAUCAAAAAAUAAUUUUGGAAGGAGAAGAACUUAAACCAACAGUGAAUCCUGUGGAUAUCUCUCAACUUAUAUCUAAUUCAGUUUAGUAAAAAAUAAUUGAGACCGCAGCAAAUUAAGAAUCAAAUUAUGCAUAAAGUUUUUAAGAAAUGAAAACNUACUGUUAUUCUAUUAUAUAAAAGGAUUUUAAAAUGAAAAACUGA